AUGGCCCCAAAUGAAAAUAGAACUGUUUGGAGGAGCACAGUAAUUCUAAGUAUGGCCAUGAUGUUUUUAAUGUGGGCUAUCACAUAUUUAGCCCAACUACAUCCGUUGGUUGUACCACGGAGAUCUGAUUUAAGACCAGAAUUUGCUGGCGAGUAA